CGCGGUGGCGUAUGUGGACACUAAUAAACCUCACAUGUGAAGCAGAUUACAGGCAGCCCAUACAUAAAAGUACGGGAAUCUGCAGCUAUUUAUAUUGCUAUACAUAUUUUCCUACCUUAGUAGGAUCUUCAGCAACCUCAAUUGGGUCGUUUACAGUUUCACACGGCAUUUACACGUGUAUAUUCCGAAACGCUGUUAUACUACUGGUAUAAACCUUAAUAUAAUAGUUGAACAAUGCCUCCAGCAGACGGGGCGAGGCCCGAAUUCGAUCCUGAAACUGUACAUCGAUAUGAGAACUUCAUAGACAAACAACUCAGAGAGGACCUGCGCAAACUCCUGGUAGAACGAGACAAGGUAUACGAACAGAUGUCGGACCAUUACAAACUGCGCAAUUCCAUUGAGACCAUUAAGGAGUCGCGUCAGAUCGAGCUGAAGACACUGGUGGACAUUGGGCAGAACAUUUACUGCAACGCGAGAGUACCAAAUUGCUCCGAAUUGUUUGUAGAUAUCGGAUUUGGGUUCCAAUUGGAGAUGACCGUUGAGGAGGCGGACGCUUACAUUGAAGAGAAGUUGGCGCUUUUGCAACUUAAGGCGGACGCCAUCACAGAGAAGGCCAAUGGAGUGCGCGCGAAUAUCAAAACUGUCCUGAGGGCGCUGCAGGAGUUGCAACUCGCCAUUGACCUGCGCGACUGAGACACUCGGCUAGCAGCAAAACCCCCUCUCUAUCUGUGGUUUGUAGCCACAACCUUAUACUGUUUAAGCAGGCGCUGUGGGUAGUAUAGCCUCUUGUCUUAUUAGAUAACUAUGUUGGUAGUUGUAGCCCGGGCCGGUGUUAACUGUAUCCGAUAACCGUACACAUUCAUUCGGCCCCGACAGUGUCGAAGCGGGGUGGAUCCUUUUGUCCUACGCAUUCGAAGUGGGCACCUUUAUUUCUCAUUUGCGGACUGGUGGACAGGUCAGGAGGUCUUUAGACAGGCGCACAUACGCAGCUGUGCAGGCAUCGAAUAUGCUAUGUAUGUGUUGGCACACAGAGACACACUGUCUACGAGCGCAAUAGCUGUAGACUCUGCGUCGGAAAGAUCAUCUCCAAGAGAUCUAAGACAGUCCUUACCCUCAUCCGUUGGCCUAGGGUGCUUGACGUUGUGGGUGGUAGCCUCGUGUGUACUUCCACAGCGGCGCUUGUCACGGGGACGUUCGGCCGCCCCUGCUCACGGCGCCAUUUUUUAAACCGAGGCGCAUGUGUUUCUGCGUAGUUCACGCAUGCAUGCAGCGUGGGAGGUGCUCUGCUGGUAGACUGUAGAAUUUCGUGUGGCUGUGGUGUGAGAUUCUGUGUGCACACACUUGCAGCCCCUUGGUGUGGGCAGCAGGCGUUGCUAUAUCCUACACCACCGCAGAAGCGCGCAUGUAAUAGUCACCGUACACGCAACACAGCGGCGUACGUGACUGGAAAGACGUACAUCACUAUCGUGUGUCCGGGUGUGCAAUCCCACCAGCUAACUCGUUCAGUGUACACGGCAAGGCUGCGCUCCUUAAGCCCAGCUGGAUUGUGACGGCUAGCAUCGAUAUCAGCCACACCUUAUAGUUCAAACGUUAGUUUUACCCUUUCCUGUAUAAUAACGGGUAUGUACGCUACAUUGCAUUCAGUCGUGCAUGUACGUACGUGCGGACAUGGGUUAUGAAUGAGGUGCACUGUGAGUGACGUUGUUAAUUUCUGAGAUAUGCCGCAUGCCGUGCUCGCUCCCUUAGCGUGGCAUGGUGUUGGCACUCCCGGAAUGCACAGAAACACAUUGCAUUGUACAUAGCCGUGGCCUUUGAUAUUAGUUGUGCACAUCACUCCAUGGAAAUCGCAAUAAACUGCCCUCAGGGAUAUGAUGUUGGAGAA